AUGAUUUUUCUUUGCAAACAAGAACUUAUUAAACGAAACAAAAAUUUCUAUGGACGUAGUUAUUUAUUUAUUUUUUCUAAGAGACCGUUUCUUGUUUCUUCACAUGGACCUCCAGGAUUUCAUCCACGAUUACAAUCAUCAUCAUCAUCAUCACCAACAUUAAAACGAACAAUUAAUGGUCCAUUAUCUGUUAGUAAUUCACCAAAUACAUCUAUUAAUACAAAUAUGAACGUUUCAACAUCACCAUCAUUAAUGCGAUCAAGUAAUUCAAUGGGAACUUUGAAAUCAACAAAUGUUAGUAUAAAUCCAAUGGAUAAAUCAAAUACAAUGCCUUAUUCAUCUCGUUAUACACGUAAAGCUUGGCCUAUGUCACGUAGUAUUCAUGAUAAAAAUAUUCGCGGAUAUGAUGAACAUGAACUUCCAUAUAAUCGUUCAAGUCAUAGUGUUCCAUCUUCUGAUAAUAUUAAUAAUUCAUCAUUUACAAUUGAACCAUCAAUAGAUGAUGAUGAAGCUGAUGAUAUAAUGUUUUCAUCACGUCAUAUGGCUGCUGCACGUUUUCAACGUAAUCAACGUUUAUUAUAUGAAAUAUUUAAUGAAAUAUGUAUACCAGAUUUACGUUCAAAUAUAAAUAUUGAUCGUAUAUUAACAUUACGUCGACAAGUUGAUGCAUUGAAAACACAUCGUGAAACAUUUGAAAAAGAUUUAAAUGAAUUAGAAGAAAAACAUGCAGAAAAAAAACGAAAAUUUUUCGACUCAAAUGAAAAAUUUUAUCAUGAAUAUAAUCAAACAUUAUCAACAAAUUUAACUCAAGAAAAAAUUAAUGAAAUUUUACAAAAAUGUGAAACAAUAGAAAAAUUACAAAAAGAAAAACAAUUACUUUUACAACAACAGCAACAACAACAAGUUGUUGCUACACCACCACCACCACCACUACCAUUACCCGCAACAACAGUAUCUCAACCAAUAGUACCUUCAGUAACGAAAACUGAACCUGCACCUAUUGUUGAAAUUCCACAGCAACAAACACCAUUACCUCCUGUUCAAGCUCAAUUACCACCUUCCCAACCUGUUCCACCGUUGUUACCAUCUACUCAACCUAUACCAUCAUCAUUACCAACUCUUCAAUCUAUACCAAAUCAAUUACCGUCAUCUCAACCUUUACCUAGUCAAUUACCAUCAUCACAACCUAUUCAAUCUCAAAUGCCACCUUCUCAACCUCAAUUACCACCACCACCACCACCACCCCCACCACAUCCUGUAAUGCCACCAAUUCAACCACCAACAACUACACCUCAAGGUUAUCCAAUGAUGCAUCCAGCAAGUGGUUAUCCACCAGUUCCUGGUUAUGUUCAUUCUCAACAGUCUCAAUAUCGACCAGCAAUGACUCAACGAUCAGCACAAUAUCCAUCUAAUGUUCAAUGGCAACAACAACAACAAUGGCAAACAAAUGCAUACGAUUCUCGUUAUUACAAUCCAUAUCCACCUAAUGUUCAAUGGCAACAACAACAACAACAACAACAACAAUGGCCACCUCAACAACAGCCAUCACAAAUGCGUAUUCCUCCUCAUCAACAACAACAACCGCCAAUGUAUGCUAAUGGUGUUCAUUAUGGAUAUGGUAGUACAAAUGCCGCAUGGAAUCCUAAUACACAUCCACCACAACAAUAUGGUUAUUCACAAAAUCCAUCUUAUGAUCCUACACUUGUAUCAGUAUCACAACAGCAACAAUAUUAUCCACCACCACCACAGAUGCAUAAUCCUCCACAAGGUUAUGAUUAUGGUCCACCACCUCCUCAAUAA